AUGGAACCCAAUUCUCUCUGUCUCUGCAUUAUCUUUCUUCUUUUUGUUUCUUCUUCUUCCUCAGAGAUCCUGCGGAAACAGACCUACAUUAUUCAGCUUCAUCCUAAUAGCGAAACCUCUAAAGCAUUUUCUUCAAAACUUGAUUGGCAUCUUUCUUUUCUCCAAGAAGCGGUUUUAGGUUUUGAAGAAGAAGAAGAGCCUUCUUCUCGGAUUCUCUACUCUUAUGGCUCUGCCAUUGAAGGAUUUGCUGCUCAACUAACCGAAUCAGAGGCAGAGACGCUGAGAAAUUCACCUGAAGUUGUUGCAGUGAGACCUGACCAUGUUCUCCAGGUUCAAACCACUUACUCUUACAAGUUCUUGGGACUCGACGGUCUUGGAAACUCCGGUGUAUGGUCAAAAUCUCGGUCUGGCCAAGGCACGGUUAUCGGCGUUCUUGAUACCGGAGUCUGGCCUGAAAGUCCUAGCUUUGACGAUACCGGAAUGCCCUCAGUUCCACGGAAAUGGAAAGGGACUUGCCAAGAAGGAGAGAACUUCAGUUCCUCGAGCUGUAACAGAAAGCUAAUCGGUGCUAGAUUCUUCAUCAGAGGCCACCGUGUGGCUAACUCGCCACUGGAGUCCCCAAACAUGCCUCGUGAAUACAUAUCCGCAAGAGAUUCAACCGGACACGGGACUCACACGGCUUCAACAGCUGGAGGAUCCUCUGUUUCGAUGGCGAAUGUUCUCGGAAAUGGAGCUGGUGUAGCUAGUGGGAUGGCUCCUGGAGCUCACAUUGCGGUUUACAAAGUCUGUUGGUUCAACGGAUGUUACAGCUCUGACAUUCUCGCAGCUAUAGAUGUAGCGAUUCAAGACAGAGUCGACGUUCUUUCGCUCUCCCUUGGCGGUUUUCCGAUUCCUCUUUACGAUGAUACGAUCGCCAUCGGAACCUUCCGAGCCAUGGAGCGCGGGAUUUCUGUAAUCUGUGCGGGUGGUAACAACGGUCCAUUAGACAGCUCGGUCGCAAACACAGCUCCUUGGAUCUCAACAGUUGGCGCAGGGACGCUUGAUCGAAGAUUCCCCGCCGUGGUCCGAUUAGCAAACGGGAAGCUUCUCUACGGAGAGUCGUUGUAUCCAGGGAAAGGUAUAAAGAAAGCAGAGAGAGAAGUCGAGGUGGUUUACGUCACUGGAGGUGAUAAAGGAAGCGAGUUCUGCUUGAGAGGGUCACUCCCAAGAGAGACAAUCCAAGGCAAGAUGGUGAUUUGUGACCGUGGAGUCAAUGGGAGAUCGGAGAAAGGACAAGCGAUUAAAGAAGCAGGUGGAGUUGCAAUGAUCUUAGCCAACACAGAGAUCAACCAAGAAGAAGAUUCAAUCGACGUCCAUCUCUUACCAGCUACAUUGAUCGGUUACGCAGAGUCGGUUCUUCUGAAAGCUUACGUUAACGCCACGGUGAGACCAAAGGCUCGGAUAAUCUUUGGUGGGACGGUGAUCGGGAGGUCAAGAGCACCGGAAGUGGCUCAGUUCUCAGCUCGAGGACCGAGUUUAGCCAACCCGUCGAUCCUUAAACCGGAUAUCAUAGCUCCGGGAGUCAAUAUCAUCGCGGCUUGGCCUCAGAAUCUAGGACCAACAGGGCUUCCUUAUGAUACGAGAAGAGUCAACUUCACUGUCAUGUCAGGAACUUCAAUGUCUUGUCCACAUGUCAGCGGGAUCACUGCUCUAAUCCGGUCUACAUACCCGAACUGGUCCCCUGCUGCAAUCAAAUCCGCGAUGAUGACGACAGCGGAUUCGUAUGAUCGUCGUGGGAAAGUGAUCAAAGAUGGAAACAAACCAGCAGGAUUGUUUGCAGUCGGAGCAGGGCAUGUGAAUCCGGGAAAGGCGAUAAACCCGGGACUGGUUUACAACAUUGAACCGGUGGAUUACAUCGCUUACCUCUGCACUCUCGGGUUCACAAGAUCAGACGUUUUAGCAAUCACUCAUAAGAACGUGAGCUGCAGCGGGAUCCUUCAGAAAAGCCCUGGUUUCAGCCUGAACUACCCGUCGAUCUCCGUGAUUUUCAAGCGCGGGAAGACGACGGAGUUGAUCACGAGGCGUGUGACGAACGUUGGGAGCCCUAACUCGAUAUACUCGGUGAAUGUUAAAGCUCCUGAAGGGAUCAAAGUGAUUGUAAACCCUAAGAGACUUGUGUUCAGCCACGAGGGUCAGACGCUGAGCUAUAGAGUUUGGCUUGUGUUGAAGAAGAGAAGCAGAGGAGGGAAGGUGGCGGCUACCUUUGCGGAGGGACAGUUGACUUGGGUCAACUCUAGGAAUCUGAUGCAGCGAGUUAGGAGUCCAAUCUCUGUCACCUUGAAGAAUAAUAACUGA